AUGUCGUUUCCUGCGGUUGCCACUUCUCCGCGCAACAAACAUUCUGAUUCAUUCGGACAAAGCUACGAAGCCAUAGGCAGCGACUUCUUUGACGAGUUUCUCACAUUCAGCCCAAUCGAUAGUAAGGAACCUAACUAUUCUGCCGUGCCAGAAUUCCCUUUCUUCGAAAGGUCAAGCAGUGACAGUUAUUCCGCGCAUACAUCUUCAAACUCUCUGGACGAUGGAACGAAAAAGCCUAUUAGACAGGAUCAAUGGCGAGGUGAACCAUGGGCUCAAUGUUCAGUUUCAUCUCAAGGAAAUCACCUUUAUUCGGAAUCUUCCGGGAAAGCCGCAGUCUCUGACACCGAGCUACUCAGCCUCGAAGGCAUGACCUUGCACUCACCCAAGAUUCAUGCAUAUUGUCUUCCAUCUCUUCCAUCAUCCCCAGCCCAUGCUUCUCCAGCCUCGUCGAUGAUGAAAAUGUUUCCUCCCGAGACACCCACAAGGACCUUGAAGAGGUCAACUGGGAACCUGGAGAGAAACUUCCGAAGUUCUAUUCGGAAAUCUAGUUCUUUGCCUAGAAUGAUACACAGCGCCCACAAAAGCAACCCCGACCUCUGGGGUAUAAAACUUGAAUCUCCAAAAUUCAGCCUCGAUUUACAAGAUCCAAUGGAUCCCUUCACCCCGCCAGGUUCUACCACAGUCUCUGAUACCCCGGAAAGUUCAAGAUCAAGGAAGUUUGAGGAAGACAAUAGAUCAUAUAGGAAUAGGGCUGCCCACCAUUUCACCACUGGACUUAUGGCUUACGAGACACCGCUGUCAACUCCAUUACUGGACGCCGAACCCCCAUCAAGAACAACACAUGGGAGACAAGCGUUGGACAGCUUUCCCUUUCCGCCGACUCCCCGAACUGGGCACAGUUCAGAUGGAUGGACUCUACCAAAUUCCUCAAUAUUCGACUCAUACGCAAGUCCUUCACUAUUUACAUCUGAAGAAGACCCACCAUUAUGGUGGAACCACCCCGCAACAGCAUCGAGAGCUCAGCCUUCCCCAAGUGCUGGACAUGUCAACCCACAACGAGCGACGAAAAGUAUUGUUCGCCAACUGAGCGAGCUAUCAUACAGUCAAAACAAGCUCGCCCAUAUUCCACCCAACAUGGCAUCUGGCCUCAUGAUUCAGAUGCCCGAGAUACCCACCCAGCAAUCCUUCGUCGUGGAGACACCCAUGCUCCAGCAGGACCAUUUUAGCCAAUCUCGAUCGCAAUAUCAGGCCCGGUCAAGGCAGUACGACAAGGCCCCCUUAUCCAGACAACUACGACUAUGUAGUCCAGUACGCAAAACUGGGUUUGUAGCUAGCGAAUACGAACCCCCGUCUCCCAAAUCACCAUCAGAACUUCACGUCCGGAAGCGCAGGAACCAGAGAACAAAUAAGCAUCCUACUCCACGGACACCAUCACUAGGAAGGUCGGUCGAUUUUGUUAACUUCACGCCGGAUGACAGUAGGAAAAUCCUGACCGGAGUGGCGCCGAGCGGAUCUUCCAAAACAAAAGCCAAAAGGGAAAAGGAGGCGAUGGAGAGAAGAAGGAAACUCUCAGAGGCGGCAAUCAGAGCUGUCAGAGCUGCUGGUGGUGAUGUUGAGAGCCUUGUUGAGGAAUGCCUCAUUGAUUGAUCCCAUUUCUUCGGUCUUGGUAAUGAUGGAGUUCGGCAUAGGAGCAAAUGCUACACACAUGGAAGACUACAAUCCAUCUGUACGAUCAAGUGUGUGAAAUAUGAGAUAUUCGUAUAAUGUGUAGUGUUAUUUUCCAUGUUGGCUGUUGUUGAUUGGUUGUCGAUUGCCAGAGGGCCAAGUACUGGCCGACCUUCUUGAAAGCGUUGCACAUCUGUCUCAUCAAGAAAGCGUAAUACCCUCUCCUCAAAUUUGAGGGAGUCGAGCUUAAUGC